UACGCACGUUGCAUUCUUUUUCUUGUAGAAGUUUUGUCGUAUAUAACUGUAAUUGAUAGAACAAUUCGAACUGCAUGUGAAGGAGAUGUUAUAGUGAAGUGGUCUAGUGACAUUUAUAGUUGAAUUUUUCAAAAUGAUGAUGGAUCAAGCCCAUUUUAGUGAAUACUUGCUGAGACAGCAAAUGCUGCACGCUGCUUCCCUAAGUGGAUUGCAACACAGAGUAGGCGCAGACGCAGAACCGCCUGUAUGCGAAGCCCGACUACUGAAUGGUGAUCUGUGGAGACGGUUUCAUGAUAUAGGCACUGAAAUGAUCAUUACCAAAGGCGGACGGCGUAUGUUUCCUUCUCUUCGUGUGUCACUAAACGGCCUGGACCCUCGUGAAGAGUACUGUGUAUUACUAGAGCUAUCCCUAGUCGGUCGACGCCGUUGGCGUUGGGCGGGCGGCGCUUGGGCGGCUGCUGGUGGCGCUGAGCCUCAAUCACCAAGAAGACUGAUGCUCCAUCCCGAUUCACCAGCCCCUGGACACCAUUGGACGGCGAACCCGAUCUCAUUUAGCAAGCUUAAACUUACAAAUAACACCAUGGAUGCGCAGGGACAUAUGGUUCUAACAUCGAUGCAUAAGUACCGACCGAGGGUGCUAGUGGUGCGGGCUCGGGAUGCCGCAGCCCUGGCCUGGGGAGCACCUCAUGCCUCCUUUUCGUUCCCUGAGACUGAAUUCAUUGCUGUUACAGCUUAUCAGAACGAUCGCAUAACAAAAUUGAAGAUUGACAACAACCCGUUCGCAAAAGGAUUCCGCGCGUGUGGCCAAUCAAAAUGCAAGAGGAAAACCACAGAUCCAGACACCGGCUCUGAACCAAAUGAGUCUCCCGAGCCAAAACGACCUUGUUCGGACGCCGCAUCAUCGUGCUCUGAAGAGGGAAGCCUUAGAUCUACGUCACCUCGAUCACCUCCUCUCAUCGACUCUCCCGCGCCUUUGAUACGUCAAACACCAGACUUAUCACCGCCAUUCUACCCCGAAUUACCAUACAUGCCCCUCCAUAUGCCUGUACCUCUUGGCAUGUGGCCAAAUGGACCGACUAACCCAUUCCUGCCAUCGUGGAAUCCCCCUCAAGCACCAGUUCCUAGGAUACCAUCACCACCAGAACCAGCCCCAUGUCGACGAGUGAAGAGCUUCACAAUUAGUGCUUUGCUCGGCGAAGGCUGAAUCUGAAGUUCAAAUAACGGGAAUUACAAGCAAUUUUUAAUCAGCUGUGACUGACAA